AUGGCGAGCUGGGAAAGUAUUUUAUACACAACACUGCGACACAAUGUUUUUACUGAUAACGGCCUGCUGGGGGCUACAAGAACGCUCGCCAGACGGGCUACAAAAACGGCCUCCGAUGUAAACAAUAACAAACCCACGAUGACGCUUCUCAAUCCUUACAAAGUGAGGCGGAAAAUAAACAAAUACUACUCGUACAUCGUAUUCCUGGUCGUCUUGUGGAUUCUCUGGUAUGGAGAUCUGUUUAGCUUUCACUGGCAGAAGCCUUUGGACCCUUUAGAUGGGGUUCCGAGAACUGUUGUCAGGGAACUGAUUGAAUUAAGGAGGCAGGUCAGACAACUUAAGACAGUUCUUAAAGAACAUAGGAUCCCAGAAAAAGAAUAUUCAGAUCCCUUUUUAACAACCAUCUAUGUCAUCACGCCAACCUAUGCCAGGCCUCAUCAGAAAGCGGAACUUACAAGGUGA